AUGUUCCCUUCUGGCCCCGAAAGACCCGACGAUGACUGCGAUGGAUGGAAACAAAAGCUCUUGGGAAAGACCAUUGUAAAGAACAAAGACGACGUUCACGCCAAUAGUGAGAAUAUCUUCCUUGAAGAAAAUUUGCCAACCCUUCAUCGCGUCCUACCUCCCAACACCAUGAUGACCAUGGAUUAUCGACCUGACCGACUCAAUGUAAAAGUUGACAAAAACAUGCGCGUCCUUGGUGUGCAUUACGGUUAA